AUGCCGGUCCCAGCUAGGAUACCAGUCCCACAGGAUCUCGAAACUCAACAAAAAGGAGCUACAUGGAGUAUAAUACCUGUGAAUUUCCCUGAUCUCGAGAGCAUAAAUCCUCAGGAGCCUGUGCCGUGGCCCGCUAGGCGUUCCAUACCGUUCCACUUCUGCCCGUUAGCUGUUCAUGCUCACAUCUGUAUGGGAUCUAACCCGUCUUUUGAUCAGUGCAGCCUUUCUACCGGCAAUAUUAUACAACAUCCUCGGGCUAUCGGCUAUCGUCCCUUUAUGAAGAGGGUUCUCAGCAAACACUCCCAGAGGUCUAAUUUUAGCCCUCAACAAGAACUAGCGGAACGAACCGACAUCCCUGUAUCGACUAACCUUGGGUUUUGUGGAACUAGCCCCUGGAGACUAAGCAAAGUCUGGCCAUUUUCUAUCCGUGUGGGACGGUCUUCAAGCCCGGACCGUUCCUUAACUACGAUAAAGCCACAAUGGCGUCGAUCUGAAUACGUUCCGAUGCCUGGAUUGAUCAACGGUUCCACCAAAAUCUGGGCUGCUUUACAGGGAUACUUUGUGGAGGUUUCUACUUCAUUCUUUUCUCUAUCUUUACCGGUUCUCCUGGCCAACAACGAUGGAACUCAACUUCUCGACUGCCCACUCACAUAUGGAAAUGGCCCGGCUCGAUUCUGUCGAUGGUUGCAUGGAGCAAUCCACUUGAUAUUGUACGAUGCCGAGGGCCCAACAUGUCACAUAGCCGAAUCCCUAUGCUUAUAUCCCUUAAACCUAUCCAUGGCCACUUUCAUAUGGAUCUCCUGCAAUAGAUACAGACCAUUCCGAGCAAAUUCUUCGCCAGCCCAAUUGGCCAAGGUUAUUUGGCCCUUUGAUCUACUCUCUGGAACUACCCAAGAUACUGAACUCCUUGACUAGCCAUUGAUAUCAGACUACGUUACCUUGAGGACUACUGACGGAUCCUUGAUGGAAUGACCAUGGUUGAGGUGGUUGCUGGGGGAAGUGGAAUGUGCCCAGGGGGCGUGGAACCAUACUAGACUCAGGGAUUGGCUCAUCCUCGAAACUGCAGACGUCUCCAAUCAUUACGAUAAUCCCGCCGGCCAACCCAAGGCCUGGAUCAGAACAUGGAAAGGGAAAUGUUAUGCCUCAGGACAUUUCUUAUUUAUCAAAGAAUUGCUUAGCAGUCGGGGGUUUUCGCGGGGUCUUUUUCCUUACCAGCAUUUCCUAUCGGCAUCCAAGUGGGACGAUUUCAUCGAUUUCGGUCAUCUUUCGGCGCUUCCUUGAAAUACUCUACUUGGAGUGCAGGAUUCAUAUCUGC